AUGGCAGAGGCGGAGCCGCGCUCCGAGGCGAAGGCAGCGCGAGGAAGAAGACGGAAGUGUUGGCCUGUUGGGGGAAACCGGGAAAGUGAAUUUUGUCGUCUUCGCUGGCGAGGAAGAAAUCCCUUCCUCUUCGAGACGACCGACCGGAGCUGCGGCUUUGUGGACCAUGCGAGGAGCCUUCAAAAAAUUUGUUCCUCGAACAAAAAUAGUACGGACUUGCAGAGCCCACCUAAUUUCUGUGAAAUGGAUAGAGGGCAGAACGGGAAAGGCUUCAGGCGCAGGGAUCCAUUUGCUGGGUUUGUCGGCUUUGGCCCCCACAGGAGCUUGAUUUCUAGCUUCUUUAGAGGGAGGGAUCCAUUUGACGAUCCCUUCUUUACCCGUCCAUUUGGGGGUCGGAUGAUGGGUGACCAUGACAUGUUUGGACCUAGCCCUUUUGGGCCGAUGGGAGGGCCUUUCGGGGACAUGGGGAAUGAUGGGUUCAUCGAGCAAGCUCCUCCUAGGGGUAUCAGCAGAAGGCCUGUGAUCACAGAGGUUGAUGAGGAUGAGGCAGAAAAUGCAGAGCACGCUAACAAGCAACCCAACCAAGACUCUUAUGUUCAGGAGCCGGAUGAUGGGAGUGAUGGGACAGAAGGUGGCCCAGUCCAGCUGCACAGGGAUCUCAAUAGGGCUAAUAGUGGAGGGCAGCCGCAGGCUCGUACUUUCACAUAUCAGAGCUCUUCCGUGACGUAUGGUGGUAUUAAUGGAGCUUACUACACUGCUUCAAAGACUCGGCGGACUGGCAGUGAUGGGAUCACUGUGGAAGAAAGCAAGGAAGCAGAUACAACAAUUAAAGAGGCCACUCAUAGAAUCUCCCGUGGAAUUCAUGAUAAGGGCCAUUCCCUGACAAGGAAACUGAAUUCAGAUGGGAAGGUUGACACCACACAGACGCUGCACAACCUGAAUGAAGAUGAACUAGCUGGAUUUGAGGAAUCAUGGAAGGGGAAUGCUGGACAUUACUUGCCUGGCUGGAACCAAAAUGCUGGUGCACCUAAUAGUGAUAAUUCUGGUAACCGUAGCUCCAAUGGACGUGACGGGCGAUCGGCCUGGGGCUGGGCGCUUCCUGUGACCGAGCAAGGCCGUGAUCCAAGGCGCAACGGCAAGCCAAAAUCACGGGUCAUCCCAAUCUCCUGA